AUGAUUGGUGACGGGGGCGGGAAAACACUGCCCUCAACGCCGGAUGAGAUGGCGGCGAUGGUCAUGUUGUGUGGUGAGUUUGGUCGGGAGCCCUUUUCAGGCGGCGUGGUGGACGAAGGUUUUAUCAGCGGGGAUAUUGUCAUUGACUGUCAGUCAUACCCGGGAAAGACCCUGCGCGAGCUGGGGAUGGUGAGUCGCCGUGGCACGCUGAUUGCGUAUGGUCGUUAUCCGGAUACGUAUUUACCGGCACAGACGGAUUCCGUUAUCAAGGAGGUGAUACUGACACUGGUUCUUGCGCUUACACAUACACAGAGUGUGACGCUGGAGGUGGAUCCUCACAGGGCGAUUAUCACGCAGGAGGCCGGAGAUAAACGCUAUCUGCGCAUCGGCGAGAAUCUUGCCGAUGUGGAAGAUAAAGAUGAAGCGGUUGAUAACCUCGGAUUAAAACCUACGGUGGAUAAAGCGAAAAAUGCCGUUCAGCGCGGUGGUGACACCAUGACCGGGGAGCUGAAAAUUGGCACGGAGGCCGGAGAUAAACGCUAUCUGCGCAUCGGCGAGAAUCUUGCCGAUGUGGAAGAUAAAGAUGAAGCGGUUGAUAACCUCGGAUUAAAACCUACGGUGGAUAAAGCGAAAAAUGCCGUUCAGCGCGGUGGUGACACCAUGACCGGGGAGCUGAAAAUUGGCACGGUGAAUGCGCUGAGAAUUUUCGACGAUGCUUUUGGCCUGAUUUUUCGUCGUUCGGAAGAAUAUCUUCAUUUUAUCCCGACGUCUGAAGGACGGGGCGAAAACGGUGAUAUCGGCCCAUUAAGGCCAUUUGCUAUAAAUCUGAGAACAGGCGCUAUAUCAGUCAGCCACGGUGUAAAAAUUGAUGGUGGGCUGGCGCUUGGUACGAAUAACGCAUUGGGUGGUAAUUCUAUUACUCUCGGUGAUAACGAUACAGGUAUAAAACAAAACGGCGAUGGCAUUCUGGAUGUUUAUGCUAAUAAUCAGCGCGUAUUUCGCUUUCAGAAUGGAGUUGCUGUUGCUUUUAAAAACGUUCAGGCCGGGGAUAGUAAAAAAUUCACGCUAUCCAGCUCCAACAGCUCCACGAAGAACGUAGGGUUUAAUUUAUGGGGUAAUCCAUCCAGACCUGUAGUUGCAGAACUUGGUGAUGAUUCUGGCUGGCAUUUCUACAGUCAGAGAAAUACAGACGGUAGCGUCACAUUCGCUGUAAAUGGGCAGAUAACUCCAUCAAACUACGGAAACUUUGAUGCCCGCUAUCAGACCAAAACAGGCGGCGUGCAGGAUGUACGUCUGGGAAGUGCCAUUGGUAUUGGACGCGGGGGAAAUGCGCCAUCAGGUCAUUUACUGAGUGGUGUUGAUGGCGGUGAAAGUGUGGACUGGGCCAAUGCACGCCCGGUGCAGGUUCUGAUUAAUGGCGUCUGGAGAAAUGUAGCGAAUGAUGGACAGGAAUGGCACGAAGCCCAGGAAAAAUUUCUACCAGACACCCUGAAAGUUAUUUAUGUUGAAACUGGCGAAGUGGUCUGGGUCGGAAAAGACAUCACCUCAAUCUGCCCGGAAAAUAAAAGCGUGAUUGAGUUGCCGGAUAUUACCGCUAAUCGUCGCAUUGAAGCAUCAGGCUACUGGUUUUACCGCAAUGAUGAAUUUGUUUUCGACUACAAACUUAAAGCGGAAGACGAGCGUGAUGCCCUGUUAAAACAGGUCAGUAUAAUGACCAGCGAAUGGGAAAAAGACCUGCUGCUGGGAUUAAUCAGCGACGAGGACAGGGAAAAGCUGAAAGCGUACCGCAUUUACGCGAAAUCGUUGCAGGCGAUGGAUUUCAGUGCCAUCAACGAUAAAACCUCAUAUAACGCCAUUGAGUGGCCAGUACCUCCACAAAACACCUGA